GCAACCUUAGUCCUUGAGGUCCUUGAGAAGUAAAGUUCAAGUCGUGCCUUGAAGGUAAUGUUUUGCCAAAACGUAGUAUAGAUUUUUUAUAAGUAUUAGAUUGAAAACACUCGCAAGAAGUAUGUCGAAAUUUGGAUUUGGCACUCCUGCUACCGGCACCACGACAACAACCUUUGGAUUUGGCAACCAAAAACCAGCUCCAGCUUUUUCAACGGCCACACCGUCGUUUGCAGCGACGCCAGCUGCAACUGGCAGCUUAGCCUUCGGUACAGCCACGUCUGGAACAUCAUCUACUCCAAAUUUUGGAUUCGGUAGCACAGCGGGUACUUCGACCACUUCACAAGCCUCAAGGCUUUUCGGAUCUGGAGGAACAGCCAUAACGAGUGUAUCUUCAGGUUUAUUUUCAUCUCCGAUUGUCUCGGCAGCCCCGACUGCUGGCCUUAGUUUUGGUACCCCCGCUGCUACGACAGGACUGAAUUUUGGGACUAGUGUCAGCACUCAACCAACCAGCACUCCAAAUUUUGGAACCACUACAACCACAGGUUCAUCUCUUUUUGGCGCUGCACCUGUCGGUGGUUUGUUUGGUGCUAAAGCGGUGAACUCAGCCGCUCCGGCGGCAACUACUAAUGUCCAGGGGCUUGGCGGCGUUGAUGUUUCUGCCAACAAACCAGGUUCAACUCAAGGAAGUAGUAGCCCAACGGCAGCCAAGGAAAACCUCAUACCCAAUGAACUUACACAAACUAUUGAAAACUUCAAAACAUUUAUCAAGACGCAGAAGUCAUUCACUUCGGACAUAGCUCGGGGUUCUGUUAGGCCUUUAAAUCGCUGCGCCGAAGACACAGCGUCGUUGAUGGAACUCUUAACGACUCUCGCUGGUUCGGUACAGCGAGAUCGUUCCUUGGCAGACAAAUUGAAACAGGAUACAGCAAAAGCUUUACAAAAUGCAGAAAUUGCACAACGAACACACGAUACACCAGCAGGACUGCAAUAUGAGAACAAUGCGCCGUUGCUGUUCUUUAUGGAACUUGCCGAUACUUUUGAACAAGAUUUAUUACUAUUCAGGUCACAGAUAGAAUCCACUGAAAAACAUAUACACACUAUGGUGACACCAAAGACAUUAACUCCACAGGAACUAACAAUGGCGAUGAGCAAGCUUCACGAAUCAUUGAUAGCAGUCGCGGGAAAGCUGCAAGGUGUACAUUCUAAGGUUCAACAUCAAAAAGAACAAUAUCUCAAUUUGAGGAAAUACGUUUUAAAAGAUAGUUCCAACGUAUUCGAAGACAGCAAGUUAAACGGAAAAAUGAGCAGGAUCAACUCUGGAAAAAUCAACAGUGGUCCUACUCCAUUUGGUCCAGGAAACAAAAGUUUUUUAUCCUCAACAAACCUAAAUACCAGCAGACCACCAAACUAUGGAACAGCGAACCCUUUAGGUAAAUAGUGGUCUUGCAGGGAUUUAGUAUGAGGUAGAAAUUAUUACCAAUAUCAAAAGUUGACGGAGAAUGGAUGGAUGUAGUAAAUUGAUGCUAUAGCAAACUUUAAAUUUUGUCGUAAAAAUUAAAUUUGUAAUCUGCUCAUCUUCUAUUUCGUGCCAUUAAUGUACAACGAAAUAAAUAUCGUUGAAUGCGCAUAAAUUAAAAUUGCUGUGACGUAUUUUCGCACAAAUUUCUUUCCGAAAGCAUAGUUAUAGUAUUAAUUUUCCAACGCACCUUUGCUAUUCCGCACUGCAAGCUUUCCGCAGAUUUUGAACUUUGGCACUAAAUAACAAUUAUCGAACAAAAAAAUAGUCAUAAAAUUCACCAAGACUUUGUACAAUUAUUCUUUGCUAUCAACAUAUGAAUUCGUAUACGUUAUUACUUUGCACGUUGUGUUCAUAUACCGAUUUAACAAAACCAGAGUAACUACACAACUCUGCUACAUCCGUUUGCUCUAUAGCUUCAUUAAUUUGACUCCUGUUUUUUCGUUACAUAGCAGUUAUUCAUUUAAGUGUGACAUCCUUGAUUGACAAUUUUACACUGUAGCUAUCACUAAAUAUAUU